CUUCCCAGCCAAUCCCUCCCGCCCCCAUCUGGGCAAUUUCGGCGGCCUCAGAGGUCUGGGGCGCGUCAAAGCCCGAACUGGGAGGCUGACUUGUGGAGCAUCACCCCCAGCUCCUCUCCCCCAGCCCCUCCUCCGCCACCGGCAGUGGCCGGGAAUAGAACCGAGCAGGGGGAGGGGAAGAGCUAUACCCAUCCCCCUUCCUCCAGCCCUCCCCGCGUUUAGAUUCACUUGCACCUUUUAUUAUUUUAACUCUUCUCCCUAGGACACGCGGUCCCCGGAACUGUCCCUCCGGCAGUCGCGGCCCCUGCUCCCGCGCGCCGAGAUGGGACAUCGAGGGACCUGCCCGCGAGGCGUGUGCGGAGAGAUGCGGCCGCCGCGCCAGCUGCCCAGAGUCUGAGAGAAGGAGAGGCAGGUCAGAGACAGGUGUAUAGGCUGGCUAUGGUGACGGGACGAUGUUGGCCAGAAAGAGCAUCAUCCCGGAGGAGUAUGUGCUGGCGCGCAUCGCGGCAGAGAACCUGCGCAAACCGCGCAUCCGGGACCGCCUCCCCAAGGCCCGCUUCAUCGCCAAGAGCGGGGCCUGCAACCUGGCGCACAAGAACAUCCGGGAGCAAGGACGGUUCCUCCAGGACAUCUUCACCACCUUGGUGGACCUGAAAUGGCGCCACACGCUGGUCAUCUUUACCAUGUCGUUCCUCUGCAGCUGGCUGCUCUUCGCCAUCAUGUGGUGGCUGGUGGCCUUUGCCCAUGGGGACAUCUAUGCUUACAUGGAGAAAGGCGGGACAGAGAAGAGCGGUUUGGAGUCCACUGUGUGUGUGACGAAUGUCAGGUCUUUCACCUCUGCUUUCCUCUUCUCUAUUGAAGUUCAAGUGACAAUUGGCUUUGGAGGGAGAAUGAUGACAGAGGAAUGCCCGCUGGCCAUCACAGUCCUGAUUCUCCAGAACAUUGUGGGUUUGAUCAUCAAUGCGGUCAUGUUGGGCUGCAUUUUCAUGAAAACAGCCCAGGCUCACAGAAGGGCAGAAACCUUGAUUUUCAGUCGCCAUGCUGUCAUCGCCGUCCGAAAUGGCAAGCUGUGUUUCAUGUUCCGUGUGGGCGACUUAAGGAAAAGCAUGAUCAUCAGUGCCUCUGUGCGCAUCCAGGUAGUCAAGAAAACCACGACACCGGAAGGGGAGGUGGUGCCUAUUCACCAGCUGGACAUUCCUGUUGAUAACCCGCUUGAGAGUAAUAACAUUUUUCUGGUGGCCCCUUUGAUCAUCUGCCACGUGAUUGACAAGCGCAGCCCCUUGUACGACAUCUCAGCCACUGACCUCGCCAACCAAGACCUGGAGGUCAUUGUGAUCCUGGAGGGAGUGGUCGAAACGACGGGCAUUACCACACAAGCGAGAACCUCCUACAUCGCAGAGGAGAUCCGAUGGGGCCAUCGCUUUGUGUCCAUCGUCACGGAGGAGGAAGGGGUGUAUUCUGUGGAUUACUCCAAAUUUGGCAACACGGUGAAGGUAGCUGCCCCGAGGUGCAGUGCCAGAGAGCUGGACGAGAAGCCUUCCAUCCUUAUUCAGACCCUCCAGAAGAGUGAACUGUCCCACCAGAACUCUCUGAGGAAGCGCAACUCCAUGAGAAGAAACAAUUCCAUGAGGAGGAACAACUCCAUCCGCCGGAACAACUCCUCCCUCAUGGUGCCCAAGGUGCAGUUUAUGACCCCAGAAGGAAAUCAGAACACGUCAGAAUCCUGACAGCAAGACAACCCCCCCCCCCCACAAAAGUCUUUUAUGAGAUGUUGAAGGAUUUAUGCAGGGCACAGACAGACUGCCCCAGGGCUGGCACACAGUCAUUUGUCUUUCUAGAUCUUCAUGCACUAAAUGAUACUCAUAUUCCAACAGCAGUGCUUUCAGUGUCAAUAAACAGUAACACAAAGUGGAGAGUUCAUGGCUCACACUUGUUUCAUCCAUGCAGUGUUGGCAGUGAUGGGCUUAAGUAGGAAAUACCCUUGUGUCUCUCCAUUUGAAACACAAGAAUUAUAUUACAUGCAGAGUAAUAUAGACCUUGGCUAGAAAAGCUGGCCAAGGAAUGAUUCUGCUUGAAAUGCUCAGUGGGCGACACCACAGAUCUCUCUGUUUCUGUUGUUGUCCACUCUAGAAAUGUGAAAGAAGGGAUCAUGGGACCCAAAAUCGUGGUUUUUUUCCUUAUUUUGUCCAUAAAAAAAAAAAAAAAAAAACUACACAGGGUAAGAAGCCUGAAGCAAAAACUGAAACGGCUUAAUUCUAAUCUAUUUCUGAGUGGAUUCUGUUCAUUUGCUUGUUCCUCACAGUGACCUCCAAGGGUUUCUUGGCCACCUGUUGGCAGAACCGGCCAAGGAGCUUUGGAGAAGAGCUAAGAACAUUCCUGUCUCAUUCAGGACUGGAUUCUCCAAAGUGACAGCUACUUCUUUUGGCUUCUGACUGCUUCUGAAGAGCCUCCACUGUAUUGAAUAUUUCAUUAAAAUGAAAUUUUUGUAUUCA